AUGAAGACCAUCGUUUUUAUACUUAGCGGGCUCAUCUUCGGCCUGACCUCUGCGCUCCCUCCGGCUGUCGAUGUUAGAGAUAGCAUUGACCCUUCAUCUGCUGCUUAUCACCUCACUCGCGACGCGUCGCCGGUACCACAGGACAACCUCCCUCUCGAGUGGCAUAGCCUUGCUGAGCGCAGUACGCCCCCAAAGUUUAGUACUGUUCAUCAAUACAUCGCUUUUGCAGAACAAGAAAAGAAGAAAUACCCAUCAGAGUGCUCCGAGACGAGCAGCCCCGAGGACUGCCAACUUUGUAUUGGCGCCAUUCUAGCCGCGUGGGUUAGUGCGUUAUAUCUCUGUGCUAGUCAAGUCGCUGCAGGCCCAGUUGGUACAGCCACUGGGCUAGUUUGUGCAGCCUCCGCUACUUCUUUAUACUGGAUUGGUCGGAUUAAAUGUCUCGGAGUUUAG